UAAUUAAUUUAUUUAACGAUGUCUAAAGUUUAGAUAACAAUAAAUUGUGUAACUAUAUUAUUCUCAAUCUAACAAAAAUAAUUAGUAUAUAAAUUACUUUCUUAAAUUCGGCGAAGAAUGACGACAGUAAGGAUCCUUCCCUUAAUUUUGGUAUUGUUUCGAAUAGUUAACGUGGAGGAGUCUAACGUACUUGUGAAAACAAGGCAUGGUGUUUUGAAGGGUUAUGUGAGAGAAACGUGGAGAGGUAGGUCGAUUUUGGCCUUUCAAGGUAUUCCUUACGCACAACCUCCUGUUGGGGGUAGACGCUUUCAGCCGCCUGUUCCCGUCGAUGCAUGGGAAGGUGUCUUGAGUGCCAAUAAGUCGCACGCAUUUUGUCCUCAACGAGACGUAUUCGGGGACGAUAGCAAAGUAUUUGGGGACGAAGACUGUUUGUUCCUUAAUAUUUAUACACCAAAGACCGCGACCUUUGAGCCCCUACUUUUACCAGUGAUCGUGUAUAUCCAUGGGGGAGGUUUCACAAGUGACAGUGCUAAUCCUGAGUUGUACGGGCCGGAUAUCCUUCUCGACAAGGAUCUAGUUUUGGUUACAAUUAAUUAUAGACUAGGUGCUCUGGGCUUUUUGAGCUUGGAGGACGAUGUCCUCCCUGGAAAUAACGGGUUGAAAGAUCAAAAUCUUGCGUUAAAGUGGGUAAAGAGCAAUAUUAACAGAUUUGGAGGAAAUCCGAAUAAAAUCACGAUCUUUGGCAAUUCUGCAGGUGGAGCCAGCGUCUAUUAUCACAUCCUUUCUCCCGCCAGCAAAGGCUUAUUCCAUGCGGCCAUCUCCAGCAGUGGAAUUGCUACGAGCUCUUGGGCUUUGGAAAAGCGCGGUGAAGCACGGAAACGUGCCCAGAAGCUCGCUAAACAACAUAAUUGCCCCACCUCAUCCAGUCAAGUAAUUUUAAAGUGUUUGCAGCGUGUUAAUGCGGACGACAUUGUACGACAUGUCCACAAAUUGAUGGAGUUUAGCAACGAGAACAGCAUACCGUAUAGACCAGUGAUUGAACCUAAAAUACCUGGGGCAUUUAUAAGCGACCACCCAAUUGACAUAAUUAAAUCCGGACAAUUCGCCCAGGUUCCAUAUAUUAGUGGAAUGACCAAAAAUGAAGGUGCUAUGAAAUCUGCUGCCUUUUAUGCAAACGCCACCUUGAUAGAUAUACUUAACGAAAAAUUUGACGAUAUUGCCCCAUUUCUGUUUUUCUACAAUACCUUCGAUUUCAAACGGAAGGUUUCAAGAGUAAUACGCAGAUUUUACUUCCAGGAAAAGUCCAUCGAUAACAGCACCAAAUCGGAACUAACCGACGUUAUUACAGAUGAGCUAUUCUACUACCCUCAAAGAGCCACCGUCGAACUACAUUCCGCCGUUUCCAGUGCACCGGUAUACUUCUACUUGUUUGGCUACCGAGGUACAGAGAGUUCGUCCAGAUAUUUUGGCGAUCCCACGCACGACUAUGGUGUCUGUCACUGUGAUGAUUUGACCUAUCUGCUAAGCAACGAUUACUUCGACAACUACAGACCGUCGCAAGCGGAUUUGAAGAUGAACGACGUUAUGACAACGCUACUGUAUAAUUUUGCAAAUUCUGGGGAUCCAACACCAAAAACGGAUUCGAUAAUUACUAGCAAGUGGAAGCCAGUUCACAAAAAUAAGUUUAGAUACUACGCGAUUAUGAGGUAUGAUGAAAUUGACAUGAAGAGGCAGCUGUUCGAGGAACGGUAUCACUUUUGGAAGACGAUACCGACGUUUGCACAACUGAGCAGCGCCGCUGAUUAGGAACUGCAAAAUUAUUAGGAAAACAAACAGGAAUAUUGCGGUUACGGGCCGGUUUAGCAUGUUAUCAGAUUAUUAUCUAAAUAGUUGUUUACGUACCAAGUAAAUUUAAGAUGUCCCUUACUGACUGAGGAUUUUUUAUAAAUUCUAGCAAUGUGACGUAAAACGAUUAAUCUGAGGUCAGAUGCGUCAGUAACAAUGUUUACAUCUGAAUAUUGACGUUCGUUUAUAUGAAAGUAAAGUGGUUUGUAUAUGGAUGCUAUUACUAUAGCAUCUUCAUAAAACUCGAUAGCGAAAGGUGUCAAUAGCAACUUGGGUAUGCUAACUUAAUUUAAUGCCAACAAUAAAUCGAGCUCAUUAUCAAACUGAUCAGGUUCUCCUAGGUUUGGAAGGAGCCUGCAAAGCGAUCAAAAAGCUCUAGAAUGAACUACAAGGCGAUUUCCACAGCAUUUUUUGAAUCCAGUCUAAAACAACUCCUUGGAAUCGAGAAAGUAUUUUUUAGAGAUAUUGCAAGCACCUGAGAAUUUCAGGAGGGGUUUGGAUGUUCUAAAGGCGCUAAAGCGCUGGAAGAACGAUAGGAUCCUUUGGAGAGUCUUGUGGGCUCUUUUCAUUACCCCUCAAGUGCUUUUAAAUAAUUGAAGCUUUGCAAGUUCUGAAAGCAAUGGACACUGUAAUUAAAGAGCUACUACAGCGCUCUGUGAUUAUCCUGAAAAGCCUUCAUGCUCAGAAAUCAAGUUCUAUCCUAGAGAAAUCAUGUUCUAUCUUAGAGCGCUUUUGAGUUGGCCUAUAAAACAUUAUAAAGGAUCAGGAAAGCUGUAGAUGGCCUAGUAGAUAAGUCUGGAAACAGUCUCAUAAGGUUCUCGAGAGGAACACUAGCAUACCUUUGGAAGCCUAGAAUAGCUGGCAAGCAUUAGAAGUCUUUCAAACCUUCUAUCUUAACGUGUUUACCAGAGUAUCUUCAAAAUGUUUUGAAAGAAUAACGCCCGAAUGCUUUAGGAAGUUUUCUAUGUUCUACGGUUAGUGUUUUGCAUAGCUUUCUAAUGCCAUUCCAAAGGGAUUCCUAAAGGGAUAUUUAAUGCUAUAAUUUCAUAGUGAACGCAAAUUGGUCGGUCGUUUUGGCAACCUCAUUCAAAGAAAAUUGUAAAAAGUUCGAGGUUAUAAACCGUUUUCGUCAGAUACGCACACGUGCAAAUUCGAACUACCGCCUAGAUUUAUACAAUUACAAAGGGACGUUUCUGACGAAUAACUCAUAGUUAAAAUGGCGUUUCGACUAGUAAACAACUCAAUUCAAAAGCAAAAAUGAAUCAGUUUCAGAGUUUGGCCUUUAUAUGUUAUAUGUGUAUAUGUUUUAUUAUUUAUAUACUUUUUUUGUGGGA